AUGGACUAUCAAGAUAGCAUUUUUUCAACAUUCCAUAACAAAAGUUCAGAUACAUUUCAGGAGUUUCCAGAGAUGAUGUUUCAAGUUACCACUCCUGUCGGUUGUGUACCCGUGGGGUCGGAUAAUGUGACGGAGUACCCUGAAAACACGACACUCUGUAAAGUGGUGCAAGUGGCAGGGCUCCCUCAAGAUAUGACUUUCAAUGAGAACAGUGUGGUAGCGGUUGCUGCAUAUACCUGUCUGUUCGUGGUAGCAGCAUGUGGCAAUCUCACAGUAUUUAUCACUUUAUUUAGAAACAGGCAUGUGAAAUCUAGAGUAAACCUUUUCAUCUUACACCUGUCCAUAGCUGAUCUCAUUGUCACCUUCAUCAUGUUACCUAUGGAGAUUUCCUGGCACAUCACCGUGGCAUGGACUGCUGGAGACUUAACCUGUAGGAUUCUCAUGUUUUUUCGUGCAUUCGGGCUUUAUCUGUCCUCCUUUAUACUUGUAACUAUUAGUCUGGACCGUUAUUUUGCUAUUUUGCAUCCUUUGAGUUUAAAUGACGCCGAUAAACGAGGGAAAAUAAUGUUGACGUUAGCGUGGAGUUUUAGCCUUGUUGCAAGCAUUCCUCAGAGUGUUAUAUUUCACGUUGAGCACCACCCACAACACCCCUGGUAUACACAGUGCGUCACCUUCAACUUCUUUCCGACUGCCAAGCAUGAACUCGCUUACAAUCUCUUCAACAUCAUCACAUUAUACGCCCUUCCUCUGCUCAUCAUAUCCGCCUCAUACUCCCUAAUAUUACUCGAAAUAUCCAAGAAAACACGACAGAGUAGAGAAGAAACCGGUUUAUCAGCGAAGGCUCGAAGUCGAUUACGUCGCUCAUCUAUGGGAAACAUACGUCGAGCACGUACACGGACAUUAAAAAUGACUUUAGUAAUAGUCAGCGUGUUUGUGCUUUGUUGGACGCCUUAUUUCGUAAUAUCUGCCUGGUGGUGGUUUGACAAAGAUUCCGCUAAGAAGUUAGACCCAAAGAUACAGAAAGGAUUAUUUUUGUUCGCUGUCUCUAACUCCUGCAUGGAUCCAAUAGUUUAUGGAAUGUUCACCAUCAAUUUCAAGAGGGAGUUAGUUCGCUGCUGCUGUUGUUUGAAAACGGCCAUGCAACGACAGAAGCUUCGGGGUGAAAUUGUACGCUACCAGUCUUCCACCAGAAGAACGCCAGCCAACUUUAAGAAUGGUUCCUACUUCAAGGGAAAAUUUCAAUCAAAUCAGUUUUAUGAAGAUAGUGACGUUGACACAAGCACAGGUCUCAGCAGAUUCUCUGGCACUGUUGAUUCUCCAAGAACCGGGGCAAAUCAUACACAAGUGACACCAGGCACUGCUUCGAUGUCAUCAAAAUGUAACAAUGAGUCCAGAGCAAAUAUAAACAAUUUCAUGACUCUUAAGCUACCAAUCGACACCGAACAAAACACUUGACUUGGCAACUUUGUAUAAGCUCAUCCAUUUCUCCAAAUUUGAUUUUUCGGUUGCAUUAAUGUACGUGUGUGUCAUGGAAAAUUUCUUACAUAGAAGCGGUUGCCGGAAUACAGCUAAAUGAUUAACGAUCUAUUCAGCUUACGUUCAUGCUGGAAGAAAGUAACCAUAAAGUUGA